AGGGGAAACAAUGAUGUCAUCGCAUGACUGUGUUUUUAUGAAUGAAAAGAAUCCUGUGCGUGAGUAAUUCCAGGAAACUCAUAUUACAACUCAGCAGAUCUCAGCCCAGAGCCCAGCUUCUCUCCAGACAACAACUUCAAACAAGCAGGUUACAGAGAAAAAACAUUAAGAAAAAGGUUCUCCAAGGGGAUAAAGAAGGGAGGAGAGUAGCAACAAAGACUCGAACCAAGGAACACAGCGCAGGUCCUCGUUUGGGGAGCACGACUGCAGGAGACAAUGUCUGCAGACAGCUUAUCGAGCAAGGCCCUGAAGAUCAAGCGUGAGCUGGGGGAGAACACGCCCCACCUGUCGGACGAGGAGCUGAUGGGGCUGUCAGUGCGGGAACUGAAUCACCACCUGCGGGGCCUCUCCAAGGAGGAGGUGGCGCGGCUGAAGCAGCGCCGGCGCACGCUGAAGAACCGUGGCUACGCAGCCAGCUGCCGGGUCAAGCGGGUGUGCCAGAAGGAGGAGCUGCAGAAGCAGAAGACGGAGCUGGAGCGGGAGGUGGACAAGCUGGCCCGAGAGAAUGCUGCCAUGCGCCUGGAGCUGGACGCCCUGCGGGGCAAGUACGAGGCGCUGCAGGGCUUUGCCCGUACAGUCGCUGCCCAUGGCUCUGCCACCAAGGUGGCCACCGCCAGCGUCAUCACCAUCGUCAAAUCCGGCACCAACCAGGCCACAUACUCCUAGUGCCUGCCCAAUCCCCCACAAACUGCGUCCUCCCUCCAUGGCUGGGCCCAGCUCUUUACCCAGAAUGGACAGCGGCUGCCCUGGCUUCUCCCACAACCCCUGCAGGAGACAGAAUUGACUUGAAGACCUUAAAACAAGUGGUCCCUCGAUUUCUCCCCACCUUGAACCAAGCGGUGGUUCAGCCCUCUAUCCACCCCACCCCCGCAACUUGUCAAGCUGGGUGAAAAUGUUCCAACAGGAAUCUCCUAGCUGAAAUAUUCCCUCCCCGACCAAUUGUGUACUGUUAUAAAAAGUUUCCUCUUAGAUUCUGCUGCCCAUCGGUGCCCCUCCCCCCAUAUUGGUAGGGGUACAGCUCCACUGACGCCAAGAUCUGUGAGAUAAGGGGGGUGGGGGGGAGAAGAGAAUCAAGAGCCAGGUCAAGGACUUAUUCUGCUUUGUCAAGCACAGAGCAGGGGAUGGGAUACCUGUCCAGAGAAUAGCCAGGAGUUGCCAAAACCUUGCUGCCCUCUCUCCCUAACUCUGGCCUCUCUAUUCCAGAUUUUCUGUUGUGGCCUCCCCCGAGGCAGAUAAACUGCAACCCUCCCUGCCCCCUUGUCAGUUGCAUUUCGGGGGUUUUCACUUCCCCCAGCUGCCACACCUUUUCAGGAAGGCCCCGAAACAACUGCUGUUGAGAGCAAAUGGCAGAGGCUCUGCUAGCUGAGUUAAGCCUGUCUUCCAGGGAUUGGGCAUUAAGGGGAGCCAGGGUAGUGCUGAGGGAAAGAGAGGUUGCAGUUUAAUGGAGAUGGGGAGGAAAAAGAGAGGACAAGUGUGUGAGUGAUGGAGAGACGACAGGCUCUCUGUAGCACGUGUCAGGACUGACUCAGCUCCUGGCCAUUAUAACGCAGAUCUGGGCUAGACAUCAGGGUGAUGAGCACACUAGAAAUACGACGACUCAGCUGCAGGGGUGAAUUUAAAUUUAGCAACGGGGCUAACAUUUCGAAGAUCUCCUGCCUGGCAGGGAAUUGGUUUUGAGAGAGUGACCAGGAUGAGAAAAGAAGAGGGAGAGAGAGAGAAGGAAAGAGAGGGAGAGUAGAGACACUAGAAAGAGGAACAGAGCAAGUGAGGCAGUUGGAUAGAGAAGUAGCAGCAGGACUAUGUUUGAAAUACUAGAGGGAGGAGAGACUGUUUCAAUCACGUUUUGUGACCACAGAAUUUAGAAGCUCUGAAAAGAACAAAGAAGGCACAGCACGUUUCGGUGCGGCCCUGGUUGCGUAACUGGGAGCUGGCACAAUUGCCAAAUGAGCUGCAGAGAUAAGCCACACAGAAGGAAGUUGUAGUAUCAAUCUGGUUUUUGCUGGGCUGGAUCCAUUCAUACAAAAACCAGCACAGCCUGAAAAGGCAGCUGGAGCCAGUAACCAGCUGAAAUGGGUUGGACGCUCAUGUUUGAUUCUUUAGCUUUAAAGAUGGAAUUUUAUUUGGGGGGGGCAGGGGGAGCAGGGAGAAGAGAGCAGUGUCCUUUUAUCUCUACUUACACACAUGCUCACACCCUUUCCUUCCAAUGGUGACAUUUCCUCCAUGGCAUGGUGGGGCUCUUCAAAAGGCCAGCAGGAAGGAAAUAAACACAGCUGUAGUAGAGAUAAAAUUACUAGUUACAUGACAGUAGCACCUGGACAUCCCCACCGAGACUGGCACCCUGUUGUGCUAGGCACUGUACAAAGAGAGGGAGAGCAGGGCAUACCUUCUGGGGGGAGGGGGGAGAGAGGGAGAAGCAGAGGCACACAGGUGAAGUGACUAACCCAAGGUUGCCCAGCAGGUUGGGGGCGCAGCUGGGAAUUGACAAGCCAGGUCUCCUGACUCCCAGUUCAGUGCCCUUUCCCCUGAACUAGGCUAGCUCAACCCACUAGCUGAGGGAAAGCGGGAAGGUGGAGAGCCCAGAUGGUGGCUCAGGGAGCCGGGGAUAGUUCCCUGCUCCCUACCAGUCACAGGCACCUUUUCUAGUAUCAUUGAAAUAGGAGGUUGGGCACAGGAAGGAGGCGGAUCCAUAAAUAAAUACAGACAGCGUAGGGGUCAGUAAAGGUAAUACUGGGCAGUCACCAUUAGGCAUCUGUUAGGUUAGAGAAGUAACCCCUUCAUUUCCCUCACAUCUGGUUGGUUGUCCCUGCAGCUUGCCCUGCCACCCACCAUAGUGCCGCAGCCAGCUCCAGAGCGGCGCGGCCAAACUUUCCGCUCCCCCCUCAGUGUACUUUGUGGGAGGUUCCAUGGUUAGCCUCUCCCUUCCCCUUCCCCACCUUUGGUUUAUUUAUUGCACGAAUGUAAGUUAUUUUCACGUCCUCUUUGCCAUUCCGCCUCUCGGCACAGCCAGGAUGUUGGUACAGAGCCGUACUUUAUAUUUUAUAUAUGCAAAUCACAUUUUAUCUUAUACUUAUAUAGAGCAAAAAAAAGGUAUUUAUUUUCUGACGUACAGUAAGUGAUCUACCCAACUCCUCUGUAUUUUGUAACUUUACAAAUAAAGCAAGUUUUU